CCUUUAAAUAUUGCUGUUGCGCAAUUGAUUGAAUAUAUAUCAGACCUUUCGGCUGUAAAGUUCAGCCCUUGUCGCAGCAUUGUGCCUAACUGUUCGGGUUGUUCCUAACUUAACAGCUAGUCCACUCGUCUUAAAGCGCUCGCUUUUCAUCCAGCAACUUGAUCACACCUAAUUUCGGCAUCUUAACACUCUGCGAGGAGCGUCUACCGAUUCCGCCGGCGGCGCUUAAAACAGCCGCCUCAGCGCCUAUUCGCCAGCCUAUACCUCCUCUUACGCACCCUACGGACCGCACGAGCACAGAUUGCUACGGCGUGGCUUCUGCGCGGCGCUAACCUGUUCAUAGCGUCCGUCGUUUUGCGCACGGGGUGCUGCAAAACGCUCCCAACAGCCGUUUACGCACCGGGGCGCGAUGGGGCUGCCCGCGCGCUUCCUGCUCGAAUACUCUGAGGAGCUCCGACCCGCUGAUGGGGUGGAGGUGGUGUGCUGCGUGGCCGGGCCGGUGCCCUGCAGCGGCAAGGACGCGGCGGGCUACUACUUCCACCUAAAGGCGCUCCAGCAGGCCGGGCUAUGGGGACCCAGCAGCAGCAGCGGAGGAGGAGGAAGCGGGUGGUGCUGGCGGCGCGGGUGAUGCUGCCUCGCAGGCGGGAGGGGCGGCGGGGGCGGACUCGGACAAGCCGCCGCCGGGUGUCGACUGGAAGGGCAGCAAGGCCCGCAAGCGCAAGUCCGUCAAGAAGAAGGACACCGACCCCUACGCGCUGCUGGGGCUGGGCAACGAGCGCUGGACGGCCAGCGAGGCGGUCAUCCGAGCCGCCUACCGCCGCGCCUGCCUGGAGCACCACCCGGACAAGGCGCUGGUGGGGGUCAGCGACGAGGCGGAGAAGGAGAGGAUCCAGGAGCACUUCAAGACGAUCCAGGACGCGUACGACAUCCUGAGCGACCCAGCUAAGCGCAGGGAGUUUGACUCCACGGACGAGUUCGAUGACAGUCUGCCGCUGCAGUGCGAGCCCAAGGACUUUUUCAAGGUGUUUGGCCCCGCCUUCCGCCGCAAUGCGCGCUGGUCCUCCGCGGAACCCGUACCCGAGCUGGGCGACGAGGGGGCCAAGUGGGAGGAGGUCACCAAGUUCUACGACUUUUGGUACACCUUCAAGUCGUGGCGCGAGUUCCCGCACCCGGACGAGGAGGACGUGGAGGCGGCGGAGAGCAGGGAGCACCGCAGAUGGAUCGAGCGCAACAACGCCAAGCUGCGUGAGAAGGGCAAGAAGGAUGAGAGCCGGCGGUUGCGGGAGUUUGUGGACGCGGCGUACAAGCAUGACCCGCGGGUCGCUCGCAAGAAGGAGGAGGACCGGCUAGAAAAGGAACGUAAGAAGGCUGAGAAGGAGGAGGCGCGGCGGAGGGCGCAGGAGGAGGAGGAGGCGCGCAAGAGAGCUGCCGAGGAGGAGGCCAAGCGGGUUGCUGAGGAGGCUCGCAAGGUGCGGGAGGCGGCCAAGGCGCAGCUGAAGCAGCUGAGGAAGCGGCUGAGGGGCAUUGCGGAGGGGGCAGGUGGUUCCCGGCUGGUGAGUGAGGACGAUGUGGAGAAGCUGACCACGAAGCUGGAGCCGGAGAUGCUCGCCGCGCUCGUGGACUCACUCACAUCCGCUGCUGCUGCUGGGGGCGGUGAUGUACGGGAGCGGCAGACGGCCCUCCUGGUGGAGGCGUUGAAGGGGAUUGACGUGCGGGAGGAGGAGGCUGUCCGCGCGCGUGAGGCCGCCAAGCGCGACGCUGAGGCCGCUGCCAAGGCCGCCGCGCGUGAGGAGCACCGUCGCAAGAUGGCUGCCAUGCGGGAGUGGAGCGAGGAGGAGCUGAGGCUGCUGGACAAGGCGUGCAGCAAGUACCCCAUGGGCACCCCCAAGCGCUGGGAGGCGGUCGCUGGCUUUGUGCGCACGCGCACGCUGGAGGAGGUGUUGCUGAUGGUGAAGGACCGGCAGGGCGCCUCCGCAACCCGCAUGAAAGCGCAGGAGGACUGGAAGGGCGCGCAGAAGAAGCCGGCGGAGGUGCGCGCCACAGCGGACACACGGGCGCAGGCCUUCACGGAUGUGGAGGUAAAGCUGGCGGGCGAUGCGGCCGCAAAGCUGCUCAACCCCACCCAGCCAGCAGCGACCAGCGGCGCCACUGCCAGCGCCCCCAACCCACCUGCCCCACCUGCCCCAGCAGCAGCAGCAGCAGCAGCUGCAGCCGCCUCGCCCUCGGGGAAGAAGGCGACAGCAGCUGCUGCACCCUCCUCCUCCUCCUCCUCCUCGGCACCUGCACCUGCUGCUGCUGCUGCGGCCCCGGCUGCUGCUGCGGCGGCGGCCUCCUCCUCCGCAUCGCCCGCCACCUCAUCCUCCUCUUCAGCGGCGACACCAGCAGCGGCAGCAGGGGCUGCGGAUGGUGCGGGGGCUGGCAAGGCCGGAGGGAAGAAGGCCGCUUCGGACGUAUGGACGGAGGUGAGGGGGCAGCGUUGGUAGGAUGACUUGGAGUUGGGAGGGGUUGGAAACAGCUGACACGCGCAGCCCCGCACAGGGCGUACAGCGCCCUCGUGAGCCCUAAUCCUCG